GCCACAGUUUGUGACCGAACUGUAAGAAAUCGGCGGAGGGAAAUGGGGUUUACAGGAAAGUCAAACGUAAACCGUCAUUCAUCAUUAACACCUAAACAGAAGAAAACAAAGUUACAGUGGGCUAAAGAGAAGCAGUCGUGGACUGUAGAUGAUUGGAUGAAGAUGGUAUUCGGUGAUGAAUCAUGAACAAUGCUGGUCCAACCUGACCGUUUAUGGCUCAGCUAUGGUUUAACGGCGCCAGACAUGCAUCACCUCGGAAAAUGCGAAGAGAAGCUGAAAAGUCAAGUUAUUCCAGUAUAUUGACACUAGGUGUCGCCAAUCAGCCACACAAAGCCGUUUAAUCUGCUGACGUCUAAAUCAAAAGUUUUUGUGCUUUAUUGGUGCACCAAGGAAACCCAGUCUACUGUACUGCAGAAUGACAAGGGUUAAUAAUGGUGAUGAAAUCUCACUUCAGGCUCAAUGUGCUCUGUCUCCCAGAAGCACCUCGGGGUUGUCAUGCCUUGCAGGUAGAGGAAGAUUAAGGACCACAGGCUUCCCACGAGCUGCUUAUUGGAGAACCUGCCUGCAAACAUCCGGCAAGUGAAUGGAGCUCUGUGCGUCCGUACUGCCUCUCCUGCUACCUAUACUCAAACGAAAUCUACCUGACAGCCUCUCAAACGUGUUUAUCCUAACAUUCCUGAAAGAAACUGGAUGAGCCGGGUCCAUCCAUCCAUUCAUCACCGUAUACCCGCUUAAUCCCAAAUGGGGUCGCAGAGGAACCGGAGCCUAUCCCGGGAGCAAGGGGGGCAGGCGGGGACCAACCCUUGGCCAAUUUAGACUAACCAAUCAACCUGCCCUGCAUGCUUUUUGACCGCGGGAGGCAACCGGAGCCCCCGGCAAAAACCCACACGAACACGGGGAGGGCGAGCGAGCGACCUUCCUGCUGUGAGGCAGCUCCGCCCGGUUUUGUUUCCACCUCUGUCUGUAAUGGAUUACUUUCGUGAGUAACAUCUCCAAACACUGCUCGUAAAGUAUUACACUUAUCAUAUAACCAAGGGUCCAUAAAAAAUACAAGCCCCACAAUGCAACGCGUGCUGACGUAAUCAGCUUUGCCCUUUUUUUUAAUCGGUCAUUCUUCUAUCGGUGAUAACAGUGUCAAUAUGAAACUUUUGCUUAAGGAGGUGUAACUUUGGUGGCGUGUAUCCGGAGUCCCGGAAGUGAUCGCUAAUAGCGUAGAGCUGAAAGUUUCGCGGGAAAUGGCGCACGACGGCGGGGAAGCCGCGGACACCGUGCGCUGCCCCGUAUGUUCAGGUGAAGUCGGAGCUUCGGGGAUCAAUGCCCACCUGGACACGUGUUUGCUGAGUAACAACGGCGGGCAUCUGUCAAACAGCAAGCCCGACACUGCUUCCGAGAUCGGGCCCCCAAUGAAGAAAGCUCGGCUUUCGCUUCGCCCCGGCGCUUCGGCGGAGCACCGGGAGACCGAGCAACCGCACGCCGCUCCUUUACAUGUCUUUUCAGUGUUUCAUGCCAAAAACAGGGCGACCAAAGCGGAUAAGCCGGUGGCACCGCCCUCCGGUGGGUGCACAUCGCCGGAAGAGAAGCGGCGCGAGCAGAGGGAGACGCCGACGGCAGCCGCUUCUUCGCCGGACGCCGGGCCGCCGGUCCCCGGCCACGCUGAACGCCACCUCUCCAUCAGCUCCCUGCUCGACGGCGGCAAGCCCCUGGCCGAGAAAAUACGGCCCAGUUCCCUCGAAGAGUAUUUCGGUCAAAAUAAAGCAGUGGGAGAAAACACCCUGCUGAGGCGCAUGCUGGAGUCCGCUGACAUCCCCUCGCUGAUACUGUGGGGGCCGCCGGGCUGCGGGAAGACCACAUUGGCUCACAUCAUCGCCACGAACUGCAAGAAGAAGGGCUCCACUCGCUUUGUCACGCUGUCCGCCACCAGUACCACCACCAACGAGGUGCGAGAAGUCAUCAAACAGGCACAGAAUGAACUGCGGCUCUGUAAGCGGAAGACCAUCCUCUUCAUUGACGAGAUUCACCGCUUCAAUAAGUCUCAGCAGGACACCUUCCUGCCCCACGUGGAGUGCGGCACGGUGACGCUGAUCGGCGCCACCACGGAGAACCCAUCCUUCCAGGUGAACGCCGCCCUGCUGAGCCGGUGCCGCGUGCUGGUGCUGGAGCGGCUGUCCGCCGAGGCCAUGGCCGCCGUGCUGGAGCGGGCGGUGUCCGCGCUGGGGCUGCGCGUGCUGGGGGCACCGGAAGGUAGCGCUGAGGAUGGCGCGACGUCCACUGACUGCCCUGGGGACUCAGAGCCCAAGGUGUACAUCGAGCAGAAAGCCCUGGACACCAUCGCUCACCUUUGUGACGGUGACGCCCGUUCUGGCCUCAAUGGGCUCCAGAUGGCCAUACAGGCGCGGAUCAACGCAAGCAAACUGGACGCCCCCGCCCAGGACAUUCUGGUGCAAGAGGAUCACGUUAAAGAGGGUCUACAGAGGUCCCACAUACUGUACGACAAGGCAGGUGAAGAACACUACAACUGCAUCUCAGCCCUGCAUAAGUCUAUGAGGGGUUCCCAUGAAAACGCUGCCCUCUACUGGCUGGGCCGCAUGCUUGAGGGUGGGGAGGACCCCUUAUAUGUGGCUCGGAGGCUUGUCAGGUUCGCCAGCGAGGAUGUGGGUAUAGCUGACCCCAGUGCCCUCCCUCAGGCUGUGUCUGCUUUCCAGGCCUGCCACUUCAUCGGCAUGCCGGAGUGUGAGGUGAUCCUGGCUCAGUGCGUCGUUUACCUGGCCAGAGCGCCCAAGUCCGUGGAGGUGUACAAGGCCUACGACAACGUGAAGACCUGCCUGAGGACCCACCGAGGCCCCCUGCCCCCAGUGCCCCUACACCUCCGCAAUGCCCCCACCCGGCUGAUGAAGGAGUUAGGCUAUGCCAAGGGCUACAAGUAUAACCCAGCGUUCAGUGAGCCGGUGGAGCAGGAGUACUUACCGGCGGAGCUGAAAGGGAUCGACUUCUUUACCUGGCAGCCUUCUGACCAAUAGCAGCGUCCUGAACGAGCUUCCUGUAACCAGACUGCACUUUAACUUGGAUCCCCUUAAAAACUGUCCCUCUGCAGUGAAUGAGCAAAACCGCCCAAAGUAGGGAGCUCUAGAAGCAACCAUUGGCCAGUGAUGAUGUAACACACUCAGAGAAAUGGGCGCCCCCUAGUGAGAAGGAAGAGCAUCCCCUGGUUUACAGUGCUUAGUCUUUCAUUCAGGGGUGAAGGACGUAUUUGCCCCUUCAACUGUGUGUGACUCUGGGCUCUGUAAUGACUGCCUGUUUUACAUCAUCAUCAUCAUCCUGUCAUUCUACAAGGCCCUCUGAUCCAGGAUCAGCUCCCACCAUUGAGCUGAUCAUCUAAAUGUCAAGCCCACAGGGUAAAAUGUAUUGACAUUUAAGGAAAUGAGUCUUAAAAGCCCCAGUUCUUGUUCUCACUGUUGUGAUUUAGUCAAGGGGGAUGAUGUCGUCUCCAUAUUCGAGGGGAUAAAUCUGGUAAAUCUAAGAAUAGCCUUUAUGAUGGAUUUUUAUACUGUAUCUGUUUUGCUGUAACACCUGAUGUUCUGACCCAAUGCUUUGUAUAUUUCCAAAUAUUCGAGUCUGACUUCGGACUUUCUAUAAUUAUACUUGUUUCUGUUUGUUUGUUUAAUUGUGUGUAAUUGAACAUGAUUAUGUCACUGGA